CUUUCUCGCCCUGCGUCUGUCCAGGAACUUUUCUCAUCCUGCUUCUCCCCUCUUAACCAAACAUAUGGGCAGACAGCUUCACCAAGCACCCAUCUCCGGUCUCACUGAAGUAGCAGCCAGAAAGAAAGAAAGAAAGACCGCCACAGCCCGCAUCCUCGCACCACACCCACCACUUCACACACCAAAACGGGGGGCACCACCUUGCUGCACACCUGAUCCCAGCAACUUUCUGGAGCAACUGAGCAGAUCCUGACCUAGGCCUUGGCGUCGUGUACCUCUGUAUUCGUACCGUCCAGCCUGUCCUGCUACGGUCCUCUACCUGAACCUGACCGCCGUCCAGUCCACCGUCCCGUCUUCGGUACCCAUUGUGUGCGACGUUGCCCUUCCGCUCACUUUCCCAUCCUCUUGAUCUUCAACCUCCCUAAAACCAACCAAGGACGUUCGUUUUCCCCUCUUCCCUCCCCUUUUCCGACCACGACACUACCAGAAGCGUCCGUGACGACCUCGUCGCGCUUUGCGGUACCAAGUUUCCCGACAAGUGCUCCUUUGCGCACCGAACCCGCUCCAACCGCGUGUUGAUAACGAAUCUCUCUUCGUUAUCGCGGCUCAGCACCAACCACAACCACCACAAAGGAUCACUAGGCUCGACGACUAUCCGAGAAAACGCCAACGCCAAACCACGACGCAGCCGUCGCUAAGCAUUGUAGCCUCUCUCACGACUCCAGUUUCGGGUCGCCGCUCUCUUCGAUACUUCAAUUGAGUUCCAAUUGGAGCUCUAGUCGCGCAUCAUGAGCGACACCACCAGCAAUAACGAGGCUUCAUCGCCAACUUUUGAGAAGCCUGUCAGGACCAGCUCCGCCGGCCCCCAGAUCCAGCGGAAUGCCAGUACCAAGCAGCUUAAGCUUAUGAAUGGCCCCCUUUACCAGCAAGGACACAAUAAUGUCAACGUCGUGCUCAUUCGACGGGUCAGGAGGACAGACGACAGCGCCUGGAAGAUGUUGAGCCGGUGGAUGGUUGAGAACCAAGUCGGUCUCUCCUUCAACCUUUUGGCCCUCCUUUUCCUCGCCCAUUUCUUCAUCCCGAAGGCGCAACCUCACACGAUCAAGUUCUUCACCCUCUCGUACUACAACCAGGAAACUGGCCAGUAUGGCGCUGGUCUCGGUGAUUCUUGCCUUCUCGCCUUCUGCAUCAUCCUCUUCACCGGUCUGCGCGCCGCGACCAUGGAAUACGUUCUGGCACCCUUGGCCAAGGGAUGGGGUAUCAAGAAGCGCAAGGAUCUCACACGCUUCAGCGAGCAGGCCUGGCUGUUGGUUUACUACAUGGUCUUCUGGCCCUUGGGCAUGUACAUCUACAAGACUUCGCCCUACUGGCUGAACCUCAGAGAGCUCUGGACGAACUGGCCGCAGCGUGAGCUCUCCGGCCUCAACAAGUUCUACAUUCUGGCGCAGUGGGCUUUCUGGCUCCAGCAGAUUCUCGUCAUCAACAUCGAAGACCGCCGCAAGGACCAUUGGCAGAUGUUCACUCACCACAUCAUCACCUGCACUCUGAUUUCCGCCUGCUACAGCUACCACCAGACUCGUGUCGGAAACCUGAUUCUCGUCCUCAUGGAUGUUGUCGACCUCUUCUUCCCUCUCGCCAAGUGUCUCAAGUAUGUUGGACUGAACACCCUCUGCGACUUCAUGUUCGGUGCCUUCGUUCUGUCUUGGCUUAUUGCCCGCCAUGUCUUCUACCUGAUGGUCUGCUGGUCUAUCCACACCCACAUUCCCGAGGAAAUUCCCGACUCGUGCUAUACCGGCCAGGCGCCUAACCUGGUGGGCCCGCUACCUAUUCCUGAGGGUAAGAGCUGGAUGUUGGAGCCCUUCUACAAGUCGGAUGGCAUUGUCUGCUGGGACUCUACCAUUCGCUGGGCGUUCCUCAUUCCCCUCCUCGCUCUGCAACUCAUUACCAUCGGAUGGUUUUUUAUGAUUCUUCGCGUUGUCAACAAGGUUCUUCGCGGCGGCAACGCUGAGGAUGUCCGCAGCGAUGACGAACUCGAAGGCGAGGAGGAGGGCGACUAUGUCUAUGAAGAGGAGGUUGCUCUCGAGGAGGAGGUUGGCGUCGAAGAUAUUGACCUCAAGAGCUGGGAGCGGAGAACGGGAAUCAAGAGACAAGCAAGUUCUUCAGGCGUGAGCCUGCCCGGCCACAGCGACCGCAAGGAGCUGCUUGGUAGAAUCGGCUGCGAAAAGCAGGUCGACUAAAUCUGACGACUGGGUGUCGCCUACGAAGCCAUGUAAAGGACCACGGCGGCGCUAAGUCCGGUGUACACAAAUGAGUUGGUGGUAUAGGAAGCGCUAAAGGGGAGAGGAGUUUUUUCCAGAAAUGGUUGGCACAGUCAGGGAAGACAUGUUGCCGACCUAUACUAACGUACUACUUUGCUAGAGCAUAGUGCAACGCCUGGAUGGCGGGCACACACAGGCAUAGAUGACAUUUGGCUUUGCUUUUCCGCGACGUAAAGAAAGAAAAAAAGGGGAAACGAAAGAGGGUGAGAAGGGUUUUAUAUCUCGCCUCUCUGGGAUCUUCACCCAGUUGGAC